AUGAAGAAAGAAGGGACCCUGCAAAAACGGAAGAGGAAACAAAAAUCGGACAGUGGUACUAUUGCUGGUACUCCACGACAGCCAGCGACAUUUAAAAAACUCAGUAGCAGCAUCCAGGAGAGAAAUAACCGAAUCUAUGCUCAUUCUCAUUCCGCAUCACCAUCUUCAUCAGCACUGAUUUGUUCAAAAUAUGCGUCUAUUGCUUGCACCAGUGGCUAUAUGCUCGGAAAUGGCGCAACAGUAGGUGCUAAUACGUUCGGGAUAGCCCAUGAAACAGUGCAUGACCAAUCAUUACCGUACCACCAUGUUAUUUCAUCGAUUGGUACUAUAAACGAUGAUCAGCUUUGCUCCUGGAAUAUUCCUAGCACCUCUACUCACUACGGUACCACUCAAGGACUGCCACUUCCAGGUCUAGAAGCAAGCAAUAUUAUUGGACCAUCGCAAACAACUCUUGCAGGGCAGUACGAAACACCGUCUAUCGAAGCGCCAAUUACUGGCAUACCCACCGAGGUUUGA